AUGCAGGAACCGACGAUAUACCGUGCCCCGGUCGGUUCUGCGGACCCGGCCGAUCAGCCCACCAGUGAUGAGAUUACAGGUUACCAGAACAUGACGGUGAUCGACUCGACGCCCGAAAAGAGCGACGACGGCUACCGGGACUUUGUUAUCCCAGAAGACAGGAAACUGGGCGUCUUCUCUACCACCCUGCUCAUCAUCAACAGAGUGGUAGGCACCGGCAUCUAUUCGACCCCGUCCGCCAUUAUAGCCAACACGGAUAACGUUGGUGCAACUCUGCUCUUUUGGGUACUGGGCGGCAUUAUGACCUUUGCUCUGUUUGUGUAUCUGGAGUUCGGGACCGCACUUCCCCGUUCAGGAGGAGAAAAGGUUUACUUGGAGAGGGUCUAUCAAAAGCCAAGAUACCUGGCUACAUGCAUAUUUGCGGUUCAGUUCGUGCUGUUUGCGGUCUCCACAGGCAACACAAUCAGCUUCGCCAGUUACAUCUUCAAGGCUGCCCUUGGAGAGACAGCCAGCAUCGAGAAUGGCGCGACGUCAGAUUUGCGGACUAGGUCGAUCGCCUUCGGGGCCAUCACUCUCGUUUGCCUCAUCCACGCAUUCCUGCCGAAAACAGGCAUCUGGCUUAGCAAUAUUCUUGGCUGCUUCAAGCUGGUUUUGUUGCUUUUGGUCGUCUGCGCUGGCUUUGCCGCCCUAAACGGCCACGUUGCGAAUCCGGCCAUGAGGCCGGACAAUUUUUCCACAUUCCAGGGCCAAGGCACAAUCAUGAGUGCCCCUGAUACAAAGGCCGCCGGGAGUUAUGCUAUAGCGCUGUUGCAAGUGCUCUAUGCAUACAGCGGAUGGGAAAACGCCAACUAUGUUCUCACGGAGGUCCGCGAUGCUCCUAGGACGCUCAAGAUUGCGGCACCUAUGGCGAUUGCGACCGUUACUCUGCUGUAUGUACUGGCCAACAUUGCGUUCUUCGCCGCCAUGUCCAAGCAACAAAUUGCGGACUCAAAGGUUAUUGUCGCAGCAGCUUUCUUUGAGAACGUUUGGGGUGAAGGCACCUUUGCCAAGCGAGUCGUGCCAGUUUUCAUCGCCCUGUCGGCGCUAGGCAACGUCUUUGCUCAGUCGUUCGCCAUGCCUCGAGUCAAGCAGGAACUCGCAAAGGAGGGUAUCUUGCCGUUCUCCAGGGUUUUUGCCAGCGACUGGCCCUUCAAAGCCCCUUCAGGUGCUAUUUUCCUCCAUUGGAUCUUUACCGUCAUUUUCAUAUUUGGGUCCGCCACGUCGGAUUCCUACACCUUUGUCACCAACGUGUUCAUCUACACUGGGAAUUGGAUCAAGCUACUCAUUGGAGUAGGCCUUCUCUACCUCACCUUCAAGGUCUCGGAGGGCUGGCGGGAGCAGCGGACGACAUUUCGCAGCUAUCCCUUGCUUACAAUUUUCUGGAUCGUUUCGCUGCUCUACAGCGUCGCUGCGCCAUUUGCUCCCAACAGGAUGAUAAACGCCGUACCAUUCUGGGUCGUGCCGACACUCGGGACGAGCAUGCUCGCAAUAGGAGUUGCAUAUUGGAUGGUGUGGGCAAACCUACUGCCGCUGAUUGGGUUCCAAAUUCAGCACGAGGUUAUACAGCUGCCCGAUGGUAGUGAGAGGGUUAAAUAUGUGCGGUUUUUCGACAGCGACGUCUUCAACUCGAAUCCCUUUCUUUCGGUCUCUUACCUCUCGCGGUAUGCAGACCAUGUCGGGAUACACUAUGUCCUCUGCAACAAGCUUAGGCAGUUCCCCUACGAGGAUAUCGAAUUCUUCCUGCCUCAGUUAUGUCAUUUGAUAAUAAGCGUGGACAACGAGUCCAUGGCUCUGGAGGAGUUUCUGCUCGACCUAUGUGAGGAGUCGGUUACGGCAGCGUUGUUGACAUUUUGGCUGUUCCAAACCUACCUACACGACCUCUCGUCGAAUCCGCAGGCCGAAGCGUUCCAAACGUGUAGGAGAGUUUAUAACAAGGUUCAGCACAUAGUCUUUGGGCUUGCGGACUCGGCGAGAAAUGAAAAGAUCAAGGAGAACACCUUGCCCGUCAUGGUUCUGGGCAGUUUCAUCAUGGCCGCCAUAGGCGUGCCCGGCCUUGCGACUUGGGCUGGGCCGCUGGCUGUUGCCCAGGGCCGGAAGCCAGUGCCGGCGGACCCCGUCUCGGAUCCUGUAACGACGCUGCAGAGCCCGACCGAACAGCUUAAAAUCAGCCGCGCGCAUACGAUCAACGCGACGACAUCGAGAUCGAAACGAUCAAAGGACCCAGGGCGUAUCACUAGUGCUCCUGAUCCAAAGACCGCAACUGCGCCUGCAACUACGAACUCGGGGACCGCCACCUCUGCUAAGCCUCUGAGACCGCCCAGAUCGCCACAGGCAACUGCCUCUUCUGGGUCGCGCACCCCUGUCAACGAACCAAAGCGGCCAUCACAGCUGGAUAUGCUUGCCGUUGAGGCCCGUCUUAGCUCGUCAUCGCUGCCGCUACCAGAAAUGCGAUCACCGCGGAUGCAGGCCACGCGCCCCACGUCCCCCGUCUCUGCUGGGCUCAGGCCUUCUGAGCCUAUGACCCGGAGGCACUCGCACCAUGCCAAGGCCAUAAUCAGCCAGGACGAGAUGGAUUCGGCACAGAAGACCAGGCUUCUGAGGCAGAACUACUUCAGGUGCCAGACUGCCUUUCUGACGGCGCUCGAAGAUAUUUCGAACCGACUGGUGAUCGUCCCUAAGCAGGCCCGUCUCAGCGCCCUGCGGGCGGAGCUGGCACUCAUCACACAGGACCUACCGGCUGAGGUCGAUAUACCCGUUAUUUGCCCACCCUCUAUGCCCAAUGGCUCGCCCGGAAAGAGCAAACACCACCGCAUUGUGAGGGUCAACCCGGCCGAGUCGACAGUGCUGAACAGCGCAGAGAAGGUGCCGUACCUCUUGAUGGUCGAGAUCCUGCGAGACGACUUCAGCUUCGAUCCGGACUCGGCAGACAACCAAAGGUUGCUAUCGACGCUGCUGGCAGGGCAAGGAUCGCGCAAGAGGAUUUUCGACCUGACGGAAUCGCCAAGGAUUCCUCUGGCUAGGAGUGGCAACCCGGAGCCGGCCGUUCCUGACAGCGUCUUUGAGCCCACGGCUGGCGACCUUGGCGGCUCUGGAGUCCUGGGGACUUUUGACGAUUCAUCGGGUAGCGGCGAGAAGCCGCCGUCGAUAGCGGUUCCAGGCAGCAGCAGUAUGCAGAGGUUGAACAGCAGCGCGACGACCAUCUCGACGCUAUCGGAGCCUACCGCCCGGAGCUCGGCCACCUCGACAUCGCGGUCCAGCAGUCCAGGACCGCGCAGGAAGCCGGUGGCGCCGAAUAGUGCACGCCCUGUCAAUCCUGGCUCUUGGACACCCGUGGUAGAGCAGCCAGACUUUUCGGCUUUGGCCACGCACAUGCGCGCUGCUUCGCAGAUGCUUGCACAGCUUGAGGCUACCAGUGGCAAGCGGCCAAAACAAGAGGUGGCUGCCAUCCGAGCAAAGAUCAUUGCCAGUAUGCAGAGCUUGGAGGAGCAGAGCUUUGAUCUGGAUGACGGCAAUGGUCCCACAUUUGAUCUAAUAAUAGCAAAGGCAGACGCUGCCAAUGCGGCGGCGGAGGCUGCGGCAGCAGCAGCGACGAACGCAAAUACGGAUGCGGGCGAAGACGGCGAGGUAGAGGCGCCCAUCGACCCGCCCGUGGACACGACCAACGCUGGGGCUGCGCGCAUGGAGAACGACUUCAAGACGGGCGGUCUUCAACGCAAGGGGGAUCGAGACGAUCCGAGCGCGGCCGUGUUCGGAGAGGCCUGGCACGUCAAGAAGGAGCGCAUCCGGAGGUCGUCUCCGUAUGGCUGGAUGAAGAAUUGGGAUCUUGUCAGCGUCAUCGUCAAGACUGGCGCUGACCUUCGGCAGGAAGCAUUCGCGUGCCAGCUCAUCAAUGUCUGCCACCGCAUCUGGGUCAACGCGGGCGUGCCCGUCUGGGUAAAGCUGAUGCGGAUCCUGGUGACUGGCGAGUCUUCGGGCCUGAUCGAAACCAUCACCAACGGAGUAUCUCUGCAUUCGAUCAAACGCAGCUUGACACUGUCGACGAUCGAGUCCGGACAGAACCCUCGGCGGCGGAUCGCAACGCUCAAGGACCACUUUGUCAAGGUAUUUGGGCCCGUCGACAGCGAGCCCCACAAGGCAGGCGUCGACGCUUUCAAGCGGUCGCUUGCGGCAUACAGCGUGAUCUCAUACAUACUGCAACUCAAGGAUCGCCACAACGGCAACGUGCUGGUCGAUAACGAGGGGCACAUAAUACACAUCGACUUUGGCUUCAUGCUGUCCAAUUCUCCGGGCGCUGUCGGGUUCGAGGCGGCGCCGUUCAAGUUCACGCAUGAAUAUCUCGAGGUCCUCGGUGGUAUUGGAUCGCCUGAAUUUGAGGACUUUAAGAAGCUGUGCAAACAGGCCUUCCAAGCACUUCGCCGAGAAGCCGACAAUAUCAUCGACCUUGUGAGCAUGAUGGGACGCGAGUCUAAAAUGCCUUGCUUCGGGGCUGGCAUAACGCAGACGUCUAUCAACCUGAGACAGCGAUUCCAACUGCAACUGAGCGCUGACGAGGCCGAGCAGUUUGUUGAGGACUUGAUUGGCAAGUCGCUCGGAAGCUAUUACACACGACUCUACGAUACCUUCCAAUAUAGGACGCAAGGGAUCUACUAG